UUAUCAACUGGAAAUAACUGCUUAGAUGAAUUCAUAUACAAAACACAGCAAAAUUCACGUGGUCCCAUAGACUGGUUAGAUUGGAUUGAUUAUAAACAAUUUUCCGAUAUAACUUUCCUGGCAGAAGGAGGAUUUGCUAAUGUUUAUCUGGCUAAAUGGAAGGAAGGACCACCAUUGCAAUAUCAAUGCUGGUAUGUGUCUAUUGGAAGAAAGCGUAAUAGAAACACCAAGGUUGUCUUAAAAUCUUUAAAGAAUUCUAAAAAUAUGACAAAGGAAUUUUUGAAUGAACUUGAAACUCAUCAUAAAUGUUUAAGCGAAUCAGAUAACUCUUUAAAAUGCUACGGAGUCACCUUUAUUCCGGAACAGAAUGAAUAUGCCUUAGUAUUAAAAUAUGCACAAAAUGGCAAUAUUAGACAAUAUAUACAAAAUGAAAAUGAAAAUUUAACUUGGUAUCGACGAGUUGAAUUAUUGGAAGGAAUUGUUGAUAAUCUGAAACAUAUACACUCAAAAAAUUUUAUCCAUGGUGAUCUUCAUAGUGGAAAUGUGCUCAAAGGAAAAUUGGUUUUAGAAGUUAGAAGAAUAAGAAAUCGUGGUUCAGCGUGGAUAAAUAAAGAUAUUGAUAAAGAUGAAUUAGCUGCAUCUACACGCGAACUAAAUAAAACAGACGUUAGAAAGCAAAACCUUCAUCCAGGAGCCAUUUACACAAGCAGAUUAAUUCCUUGCCUUAGCAAUACAUCAACAGUUCAUAGUGAUGAUGAUUUAUUUGCAUCCUAG